UUAAAUUAAUAUUCUAGUUUUGUUAAGUAUUGUGUUAUAGCUUUUUUGCUCAUUGUCUUCCGCAAUGACUGAACCAAAAACAACGACAACUAUAAGCGCUUCGUUUCUCGACUACGUAUGGCCACAAAUUUUAGAACAGAUCUUCGGCGGCUUUCAGAAUGAAGAUGAACAGCAAUAUUUUGUGCCAGAAAUUAAAUUUGACAAUCUUUGGUCCCAUAUCUUAUUGGCAUCGAAAUCGUUUGGGAAUUAUGACAAACCAGUAGAACUGAACUGUAAAAAAGUGGCCCAAAUGUCUGAGGAAAUGGCCGCUAUUAAUAUCGAAGUCCAACAGCUUCCUUAUCGCCCUUCUGAAUCUAAAAUAAAACCCUUGGAUGUACAAUUGGCCGCCAUAGAUCAUGAUAUGAAACUUCGUAAAAAUCUGGCCAAUGACUAUUUCAAUCGCACAUUUCCGUGGUAUAUCGAAAUACCUUCAUCUCAGCACGAUUUCUCUAUAACUAAUGACACAAGAAAAAUCUUUUCAAAUCCCUUCGAAUUCAAAAUUAUUGAAAAUAUUCAAAAGAAUAGGUGUAGUUUGAUGAUAAUCGACGUAGCCAUAAAUGUGAACUUGGAAGGUGUAGAACGCUGGAUGAAAUUUGCUUCAUAUGCAGAAAUUGUUAUGGCUAUUCGUAAUGCUGAGCUCUAUUCAAAGAUUAAAAAUGGUUGCAGCCGUUGUAAGGCAAUACUGAUAGAAGAAUACCCUGAAAAUACAUGGCAAUAUGAGUUGAACAAGACUCUUAGAAGUGCUUUGGAGUUUGCUCGAAAAUUACAUCUCAUAGAAGACGCAGACUCAUUUGUUUUCGCUUUUUCAAGCCAACGAAAUAUUUGCAUCACAGACAAAUUUAAAGUUUUGAAGGAAUUAUAAGAAAAUAUAAGUACACGAGUACUAAUGUA